UUGCAAUUGCUUCGCGUCAAUUUUUCCCUGGCUCUUCCUACCCGUUACUUCUUGACAAAAUGGCGGCUCGGGUUGGAGCGGUGAAGCAGCUUGACGAAUCAGAGUCAUGGUAUCUGGCACUACUGGGAUUCGCUGAACAUUUUCGCACAUCCAGCCCACCCAAGAUUAAACUCUGCGUACACUGCUUGCAGACAGUGUUUUUCUUCAAGCCACCGCGGACAGUCGAAGCCCGAACCCACUUGCAGCUCGGCUCUGUGCUCUACCACCACACGAAGAACAGCGAGCAGGCCCGAACCCAUCUAGAGAAAGCGUGGUUGACAUCCCAGCAAAUUUCACAGUUGGAAGAUGUUAAAUUUGAAUCAGCAAGCCUUCUAUCUGAAUUCUAUUGUCAAGAGAAUUCAGUUGAUGCAGCAAAACCACUCCUGAGGAAAGCAAUUCAGAUUUCACAGCAGACACCCUAUUGGCACUGCAGGCUCCUUUUUCAACUUGCUGUAAGUACUAUUUGAGGGAAGAAAAAAGAGGAGGAAGAAUACAAUGACUAAGGGAGAACAUGCAGGGUAGGUGAGAUUGAUGAACACCCGCCCCCGCCCCGGGCGACGACGUCCUUGUUCUCACCAUGUUACCUUAGCCCCGCCUACG